GCAUGCUGUCCAGCUGACAGCUGUGCAACGAGGAUUUGACAGUUGGUUCAGCUCGGCAUGCAAAAGCCGAAAAAUCUAGAAAAGUCUUGAAAUUUUUGCGUUCGCUCGGCUUGUGUUUGUUAAUGAAAACCACACCAGAUUACUGUCCGCAGUAAACGGUCGUAAUAGCUAAAGUCAGCUGUCCAGCGAAACUAGCAUCCCAGCGUUCUAGAAAUUCCAUUUGCGCACAGAAAAGUCACGUUUUUCUCAGUCGCACGCCGUGUACGAGAGAGAGAAGCGAGAAAAACCUACAGCGUUAAAUAAUCACAUAGUAACGGCCUCGCGGCAAAACUAUCUGUGAUCCACGCCGAGUUUGGUCCCUGUUUCGGCCCGCGUUUAAAGUAAACCGUUCCCCUAGUGCGGAGCAAACAUGGCUAAAUGGGGCGAAGGUGAUCCACGCUGGAUUGUGGAGGAGCGACCGGAUGCGACAAACGUCAACAAUUGGCAUUGGACAGAGAAAAACGCAACACCGUGGUCGAAGGAUAAGCUAAAGGCCCUGCUCGACGGGUUCGUGAUUGCCGACGCUGGACUGGAAUGCACCGUGACAAAGAUCGACAAGCUGGACGGCGAAGCCACGGCCAACAACCGGAAAGGGAAGCUCAUAUUCUUCUACGAGUGGAACAUAGUGCUGCUGUGGAAGGGCCGGUACAACGAUGAGGAGGUGACGGGCAAAGUGACCAUUCCGAACCUGUCCGAGGAGAACGAUGUGGACGAGGUGGAACUAACGGUGUCGUUGGACAGUUCGAAUCCGGCCGCGGAGAGGAUGAAGCAGUUCAUGUACAACGUCGGGCGGGAUAAGCUAAGGAAGCAGCUGGACACCUACAUCCGCCAGCUGAAGGCCGACUUUGCCAAGGGUCUGAUACUGCCGAAGAAGGACGAGCUCAACGGUACCGAGACUGCACCGCAGAAGAGUGACAAGGAAACGGUGUUCGCCAGCGGGUUUAACAAGAAGAAGAUAGAUCUCCAAACCAUCACCAGCGCAACCGAGCCCACGAAACAGGUCGGCGGAUGCAAGCUGGACCUGACGACGAUUAAAAUGACCGAGAUGUUCCAGUGCCGAGCGAACGAAUUGUUCGAUGCGCUUACGAGGGAGGACAUGGUGACGGCAUUCACCCGGGGCCACGUGAAGCACGAGCUGUUCAAGGGCGGAGACUUCGUUUACUUUGGAGGCAACAUUAGUGGAAAGUUUGUAGAAAUUGUACAAAAUAAGAAAAUUGUACAAACCUGGCGAUACAAGGAGUGGCCUUCGGGGCAUUAUUCUAAUGUUACGAUGGAGCUGGAGGAAGAGGUGGACCACACAGUCCUGAAGCUGACGCAAACUAUGGUUCCGAAGGCCGAGUCGGAAAAAAUCACACAGAACUGGAAGUGCUACUACUGGAAUAGUAUUCGAACUGCUUUCGGUUUCGGGAGUUUUCUCGGCUAAGAAAUGCAUCUCGAUGGAAUGAUCCUACUCGCACCGCACCACAACACAACGACGCAAAUCCCUUUGGCACACACUAUCUCCUACAAUUCCUACUAUGCCAGGAGCUGAUUGAUACUGAUCGCGGCUUGCUUCGACUGCUAUCUUUAGCUUCGAUACAUACCCAAAUGUGAACUGUUGCUGGGAGAAGGAGAAGGAGGAGGAGGAUUGCACCAAAAAAACCGUUUGGCAACAAAUAGUUUGAACAAAGCAUAGUGCGCGGUUCGAUUCGAUUAGUAUUUUAACAUUUCCUCGGAAGCAGGCACACAUUCGUAUGCAAAAAUCGUUUCAUUUGAGUACGGUACGGUCCCAUUUCUUGAAAUACAGCGAUAGUGAAAAAUUGUAGCCCUUUUUUGAAUUUCGUUCACGCGACUGAGAAAUAGAAACAAUUGGCUCGGUGCCACGCAUUACGGUAGCAAUUGGAUCGCAUUUCAUACCAUUGGCUCUUAGUUAGGUUAGACCGUACGCCUUAAGCAACACCGAUGGAAACAGAUCCCAGGUGUUGCAUUUGCUUUAAUUUAUGUUAGCCUAAAUACAACCGCCACCUGUUCCCUUUACGGUGUGCCGCGGUAGCGACAACGAUAGCGAAACCGAGGAACGAUGGACAGGCUGGGGGGACCGAUUUAGCAUAGCGCGUGGCAUUGCAAUGUGAGGAGACUUUACUUUUCAUGUAAUAAAAAGUAAAUAAGCAACACUAACUAACUGAA